CGGUCGGGUCCGCGGGUCCUGGGCCGCGGGCGGCGGCCGCGCGGCGCCAUGUUCGGCUCCAGCCGUGGCGGGGUGCGCGGCGGGCAGGACCAGUUCAACUGGGAGGACGUGAAGACCGACAAGCAGAGGGAGAACUACCUGGGUAACUCGCUGAUGGCGCCCGUGGGCCGCUGGCAGAAGGGCCGCGACCUCACCUGGUACGCCAAGGGCCGGGCGCCCUGCGCGGGGCCGAGCCGCGAGGAGGAGCUGGCGGCUGUGCGGCAGGCGGAGCGCGAGGCGCUGCUGGCAGCGCUCGGCUACAAGAACGUGAAGAAGCAGCCCACCGGCCUGAGCAAGGAGGACUUCGUGGAGGUGUGCAAGCGGGAAGGCGGUGACUCCGAGAAGGGCGUGGACCGGCUGCUGGGGCUGGGCAGCGCCAGUGGCUCCGCGGGCCGCGUGGCACUGUCUCGGGAGGACAAGGAGGCCGCCAAGCUGGGGCUGGCUGUGUUCACGCACCACCGCGUGGAGAGCGGCGGGCCUGGGGCUUCAGCAGCCUCAGCCAGGAGGAAGCCGCGAACCGAAGACCAGGCAGAGGCCAGCUCUGAGAGCCACAAGAAGAGCAAGAAAGAGAAGAAGAAAAAGAAGAAGAAGAGACACAAGAAAGAGAAGAAGAAAGACAAGGAGCACAGGCGGCAGGCUGAGACCCCCGCGCCCACUUCUCCUGCUGGGCCUGGGCACCGCCGCCAUGACUCUGACUCCUCCUCCCCCUGCUGCAAGAGGAGGAAGGGACACAGCGGGGAUGGUGGGAGAAGCCCAUCCUCCCGCCGGCGGCAGGACGGAGACUCUGAUGCCUGAGUUGAGGACCCUGCCUGCCUGGCGCUCGCUCUCGCCCCUCCUGUCUGGGUGAGGUUGAGGGCUGCUCCCUGGGCCUGGCCUGCUGGGCCUCUGGAGCUGGCCAGCCAGCUAGGAGGGGCCUGCUUGGUGGAAACUCCUCCAGGGGAGCAAGCCCUGGGUGCAUGCGGAGGCCAGCAGGUUCUCCGGGGAGCAUGCCCUGGCUCCCCACGCGGCCUGGCUUUGGUCUGACAGCCCCCGGCCCGCAGGCAAAGGUGAGCCUGCCCAGGAGGUCCCAGCAGAGACCCAGCUCCGUGUCCUGUGUGACCUGAGCACCCCAACCCCUCUGCCUCUCGUUUAGCUGUGGCCAAGUAGGGUUACAUCUAUUUUUC